GUUUUGGAAAACAGAUGUUUGGCUUUCACAAGCCGAAGAUGUACAGGAGUUUAGACGGCUGUUGCAUCUGCCGCGCCAAGUCCUCCAGCUCGCGCUUCACGGACAGCAAGCGGUACGAGAAGGACUUUACGAGCUGUUUCGGGUAAGCAAGGCUUUCUGACAAUUACCGCGCCCUUAUAGCGGAUUUCCAUGUCUAUGCAUUUUUGCAAAAGUAGAAUGGCAUUGUAAAAAAAAAAAAAAAACUGAGCAGUCAGUUCUGUUUCCAUAGCACUCAGUGCGUAAUUACGCAUAUAAUGCAGCAAACUGGUGGACUGCUGCCUCCCAUACACACUCUGAAAAUUAUCAAAACAUUAUUGUCCCUAAUGAGUGGACAGCUACAGUGAGGGAAAAAAGUAUUUGAUCCCCUGCUGAUUUUGUACAUUUGCCCACUGACAAAGACAUGAUCAGUCUAUAAUUUUAAUGGUAGGUUAAUUUGAACAGUGAGAGAUAGAAUAACAACAACAAAAUCUAGAAAAACGCAUGUCAAAAAAUGUUAUAAAUUGAUUUGCAUUUUAAUGAGGGAAAUAAGUAUUUGACCCCCUCUCAAUCAGAAAGAUUUCUGGCUCCCAGGUGUCUUUUAUACAGCUAACGAGUUGAGAUUAGGAGCACACUCUUAAAGGGAGUGCUCCUAAUCUCAGUUUGUUACCUGUAGAAAAGACACCUGUCCACAGAAGCAAUCAAUCAAUCAGAUUCAAAACUCUCCACCAUGGCCAAUACCAAAGAGCUCUCCAAGGAUGUCAGGGACAAGAUUGUAGACCUACACAAGGCUGAAAUGGGCUACAAGACCAGCCAAGCGCUUUGGAAAGGUGAAAACAUUUGGUGCGAUUUUUGAAAAUGGAAGAAACCAAAAAACUUAGUAACUCGUUUUGUUUUUUUUUAUCGCACUGCUUUGCAUUUAUCUUGGCCAGGUCGCAGUUGUAAAUGAGAACUUGUUUCAACGGUUUACCUGGUUAAAUAAAGGUGAAAUAAAAAAAAAAAAAAAAGACCUGCCCCAAUCUCCCCCGGCCGGGGCUCCAUGAAAGAUCUCACCCGUGGAGUGGAAAUGAAGGGAAAAGGGUGAGGAACCCAAACACAGGGAGGAUCUUGUCAUUUUUCAAAGGGUGGGGCCAAAUCCCCCGAAAACAAUUGGUAACCACUCGCCGUGAAGGACGAAAUCCCCUGUCCCGCAAAGGGCCCCCCGCUCAAAAAAGCACAAUACAGGCCCCCCUGAAGUUUGCCAAAGAAAAUCUGAAAGAUUCAAGGAGAAAAUGGGUGAAAGUGUUUUGGCAAGAGACCCAAAAUCAAACCUUUGGCAUCAACUCAACUGCCGGUUUGGAGGGGGAGGAUGCUGCCUAUGACCCCAAAACCAUCCCCCCCGUCAAACAUGGAGGUGGGGAAAAUAUGCUUUUUGGGGUGUUUUUUUGCUAGGGGACAGGACAACGUAAAACCCCAUAAAGGGACGAUGGACGGCGCCAGUACCUUUAAUCUUUUAAUGAGAACCCCCUUUCCCUCAGCCAGGGCAUUGAAAAAGGGUGUGGAGGGUUUUUCCGCAUACAAAGACCCAAAACACAAAGGCCAAAGGGAAAAAAGGAGUGGCUCAAAAAGAAGCACAUUAGGGCCUGGGGUGGGCCCCCCGUCUCCCAAACCCUUUAAACCCAAAAAAUCUGUAGAGGGAGCUAAGGUUUUAGUGCCAACGCAGGCUCGAAAAACCUUAAAGUUUUUGGGAAGAUUGCAAAGAGGGUGGGGCAAAUCCCUCCCGGAAAGUGUGCAACCUGGUGGGCCAACACAAGAAACGUCUCCUCUGUGAUUGCCAACAAGGGUUUUGCCACCAAGUACUAAGUCAUGUUUUGCAGAGGGGUCAAAUGCUUAUUUCCCUCAUUAGGGCGGCAGGUAGCUUAGUGGUUAAGAGCAUAGUGCCAGUAACCGAAAGGUCGCUGGUUCUAAUCCCCGAGCCGACUAGGUGAAAAAUCUGUCUAUGUGCCCUUGAGCAAGGCACUAACCCUAAUUGCUCCUGUAAGUCGCUCUGGAUAAGAGCGUCUGCUAAAUGACAAAAAAAAAAUAUUUCAUUCUGUCUCUCACUGUUCAAAUAAACCUACCAUUAAAAUUAUAGACUGAUCAUGUCUUUGUCAGUGGGCAAACAUACAAAAUCAGCAGGGGAUCAAAUACUUUUUUCCCUCACUGUACAUGUGAAUUAUUGUAAAAUGGUCAGAAAUUAUGUUCCUCCUGGUAACCUAAAUGUAAUGGCAUUAUGAACAUCCAUAAUAUUUACAUUGUUCACAUGGUCCUGCUUAACCCAUAUUUCACAUGUUUUCCCCUCAUGUAGAUUAUGUGAAAUUCGGUCUGGAGAAAUCUGUAAUGCCUGUGUACUCCUGGUGAAACGAUGUAAGAAACUCCCAGUGGGGUCUAAGAAAAACUGGAAUCAUGUAAGCUCCACAUUUUGUCUAUAUCUCCUCCUCACCACUCACCUGCCUGUUGAAAAUGGUUAAGAAGAAUACCAAAAAGUGAUGGGAGCACCUCUCUUCACUUCUCCUCUCUUCUCUUCACUUCUCUUCUCUUCUAUCCGAUCCUAGGUGGUUGAUGCCCGUGGAGGCCCCAGCCUAAAGAUUUCUUCCAGGCCAAAGAAACUGAAGUCCCUCUCCAAGAGAGCCAUGCCAAGCCAGAUCAGCCGACUUCAGAAAGAGCUAAAGAGGAACAGUAAGUCCUGUUCACAAUGCUCCAUAAACAUAUUAAGGUGUGACCACUUUUAGGUCAGUUUAGCCAAUUCGGUAAUAGAUCAAUGCAACCAGAAGACCCAAUCUCAGUGCUUUUCAGAUGUUGAGGCACUGAGUCAGACAAUAUUUUUUUCAUUUCACGAGUAUCCUUGUAUCGUAGCCUAAAUAUGUACAUAUUCUGGAGGUUGAGAUUCAAACAUUGUGCGACAUUUCCACUCAGAACAUACUUCUUCUUCAGUCUACCCAAUGAUGUACACUACAGUAUUGCCUACUACAUCUAUGGUUCCCCCCCCCCCCCCCCCCCCCCUCCCUCUCCAGACUCUGAUGCCCACAGCACCACGUCCAGUGCCUCCCCGGCCCAGUCUCCCAGCUACAGCAACCCUUCUGAUGAGGGCUCCGACACAGAGCUCUCCCCAGGCCCCAGCCGCUCCCCUGUCUUCUCCUUCCUGGACCUCACCUACUGGAAGAGGUAAGGCCACAUUUUUUUUUUUUUUACCAUCUUUAAUUAUAUGGCCUGUAUGUGUGUGGCCACUUUUUGCUGGUUUAUAAUUUUUUUUAUGAACUGUGUGUGGUGAUUUCAUGAGUCUCCAAACAAAACACUGUGUCUGUAAAAUCCAGCCUGGAAGCGUCCAUGUUCAUUUUCACCAGACGUGCAGCCUCACCAUUGCUUUUGGCACUCAGAUAAGAGAGAAAAUAAAGGAAACAUGAGCCAUCUAAGACUUUAUUUAUUUAUUUAUUUAUUUUAUAUGCACAUAUGCAUUCCUCGCUGUAACAAUAAUUGACCAUAUCUUGUAUGGUUGCAUAAACUAUAUCAGUAUUACAUGAAUAAUCCCAAGUUCCUUUGCUCCUCCUCCAGGCAGAAGGUGUGUUGUGGGAUCAUCUACAAGGGCCGCUUUGGGGAGGUGCUCAUCGACCCUCACCUCUUCAAGCCCUGCUGCCGCAAGAAACAACAACAGCAGCGACAGGAGCUGGAGGAGGGGUACGAGGAGGAGGUUGUGGAAGAGGGAGAAGUGGCGGAGGAGGUGGUGGUGAGGAAGGAAGAUGAGGUGGAGAAAGAGGAGGUGAGGUCAAACAGCCAGGAGAGCUCUGAGACUCCUCAGCUACAGGUCAUUGUGACAACAUCUCAGACCAAAGAGGAGGAGGAGGAAGACUGGUGAUGUUGCACCACAGUGUGUGCAUUUUUCAGGAAGCCUUGGGAGUGCUCCUGGUUUACAAGCACUUACAAAAAGAAGUUACCGCUGAUUGCCUUUAGUCAGCGAGCAGCUGAAUACGGUCAUUUUGUUUGUUUGGUAACUUAUGAACUGACUGAGCCAUAUGGACUAGUUUUUCCCAAUUCAUCUGGUCUUGUUGUACUUGGUAUUCUCCUUGUCC